UGCUAAUCCGUCAAUGCGUUUCACUGAAAAGCAAAAUUAAAUAAAGUUCAAGUCAAGUUAUUGCUGCAUAUGCGUAUCAAAAUACGCUAAAAAUAUUCGCGAGCUUUUAAAAGAAAUUCUUAUUGUUCCAACUUCCGUUAAAAAUGUAUAAUGGAAUCGGGUUGCAAACGGCCAGAGGAUCUGGGACAAAUGGUCAUGUUCAACGUAAUUGGGCAUUCGUUAGGCCAGGCAAAAAGACUAACGUUAAUUACAAAACCGAGGAAGAAUUAGAAAAAUUGAAUGCUAUCAGCAGUAAACAACCCAACUUGGAAAUAUUGGAUCAUGAGCGAAAGCGAAAAAUUGAAGUAAAAUGUGCUGAAUUGGAAGAUGUUUUAGAAUCACAAGGAUUGUCUGAGAACGAGGUGCGAGAAAAAGUAAAGGCAUUUCGGGAAAAUUUAGUCAAUCAAGUUGUCACUGAAAAUCCAAUAAAUAGCAAAACAGGACGAAUUGAGGUUCGCGAAACACAUCAAAUUGCCCAAGCACAACAAGAGAAAAAUGCCAGACUUCGCGAAGCCUUUGGAAUAUCUGAGUACUUUGUCGAAGGAUCAAGUUUCGAUGCUGAACGUAAAGCAAAGGAAGAACUAGCAAAGAGUGAAGCAAUUCAAAAAGAGCUACAAGAAAAAAACGCUUUAGAAUUCAAAGAAACUGGCAAAAAAUAUGCUCUUGUACGAACUCCAUCUCAAGAGCGCGAUGCUGACUAUAAAACUGAAAACGACGUGAAAAAACACAAAUCAUCUAAAAGGAAAAAGAAAAAGUCGUCUUCAAAUACUGAGAAAAAGAAGAAGUCCAAAAAGCAUAAAAAGGAAAAAUCUAAAAAAAAGUCAAAGAAGUCACGCCAUGAUUCUGAAAGUUCGAAUAGUGCGUCAGACUCUGAAAGCUCAUCGGAAAGCGAGAGUGAAACGGAACGCAAAAGCAAAAAAUCGAAGAAAAAUAAGAAAAGCAAAUCAAAGAAAAAAGAUACAAAGAAAAGAAAAUUAUCAGAUUCUUGUGAAAGUUCUAGUAAGUCUGACUACGAAAAUGGCAUGCACAAACAUGAUAGCGAACAAUCAGAAAAGAACAAAAAACAUGGAAAAACAAUUGAACGACACGUAGAUUCUUCGAAAAAAGGAUCUUCAGAAAACAUUACGAUAAGUCAACAAGAAAAACCACGAAAAUCUCGUGAUAAUGAGUAUAAUUCAUAUGAAAAAUAUCCUAAAAGGCGUAGUAUCAGUCCUAAAAUAAAAUUGAACGAAAACUCAAGCUCAGUAAGGGAAGACUCCAGAUUUCGUAGUGACCGACAACAUUCAAAAGAUAUUUCAAAACACUAUGGAAAGAACAAUACUUACAGUCCCAAACGUAACUCUCGUCGCGAGGAUAAUUGUUCAAUAAACAAUAAACGAAGCAGGUCAAGAGAAGAACGAAACAAAAAAUAUGGUCGUUCACGCUCACCAAAAAAAAUGUCUUCUAUAACAACCAAUCGUCUGAAUGAAAAAAGUGAUAGAAGAGACAGCUUUCGCGAAAGGUCGAGACAACGAUUGUACAAGAGCAAUGAUUCAAAUGACCGUCGUCGUUAUUCACCAAAACGUUUAGACGAUAGAAAACGAUCAGAAAGUCCAUCUAAGAGACGUUAUACUAAAAGACAAGAAUCCGCUAUGAGAAAUCGUUCACGUAGUCCAAUAACACGGCAUUCUCGCCGACAUUCUCGAUCGAUCAGUAGAGAAAAAAGAAAACGAUCUCGGUCCACAGAUGAAAGACGCAAAAUACGUUCAGGAUCUCAAAGGACAAGAACACCAACAGAAGAUAGAAAAGUACGAAAUUCAAACAAAAAAAGAAGUUCAUCGAAACAACCAGAUAAUUACAAAAAGGAUCUAGCAACUAUUGUAAGAAAGAAAUCCAUAUCAAAAUCUUCAAGUUUUUCUCCGGCUAAACAUAACGUUCAUACGAUCGAUCACUGUAGCCCUAAAUCCAAAAAAUCUAAUCGUUCACACUCAAGAUCAUUGAGUUACUCACCUGCACAGCGCAAUCCAGAGCGUUACAGAGAUAUACUACAUGGAAAAACCAGUCACCGAUCUCGAAAACGGACUAGUUUAUCUCCAUUAAAACGAAACAAUUCCUAUAAUAAGCCAAAACCAAUCGUCAAAUUGCAUCCUUCGGACGAUAAAUCUUCUGUGGAUUCAGAACAAGAUGAAUCUGGUAACCUAUACGAUGAAAUUCCCUCUGGUUCUGUGAAAACUUCUUCUGAAUUGUUAAAACUAAAAGCUCAGUUGGCAGCUAAAGCAAAAAAGGCAUUGGAAGAAAAAAAAACUGUUGAAAAAUCGCCAUUUGUACCAAAACCUACUGAAAUAAUGGUUGAAGAAGCUACUGCUAUAAGUGAAACAGAUUACAAAGAAGAAGGUCGUGAGAAAAAAGAACGAGCUCGGGAAAGUUCCGUGGAACCCAAUAAGAAUAAAAUAGCUAUCAAACCCUUUAAGAUACAUGAUGCAGUUGACAAAAUAGGAGUUCCAGAUGUGUUUGAAAGGGAAACUGUAUCAAAUGUCGGUCAACAACAUCUAAAAUUGGGAUCAUUACGCGAUAUGGAAAAAAUGAAACCACCAAAAUGUCCCUCACCAUCCAUGGAAAAAUCUCAAGUUAAAGAUAGAAGUCCUACCGCGGAUACUGCAGACACAAACAGAUCUAGUAGGUCAACAAGUCGUCAUUCAAAAACUUCCCGUGAUUAUUCAUCACGCAGUCGUCGUAGCCAUUCAACUCGCAGCAGAUCAUCUAGAAGCUCUCGAUCUUCAAGUCGUUCAAGCUCAUCCAGCUCUAGUUCAUCGAGAUCAAGUAGCAGUUCAUCACAUCAUUCUUCAAGACGAUCAAGAAGUCGUUCUCCAUCUAUACCAAGGCGAAGUGGCUCACCCAGUUUUUUGGAUAGAAGAAGGAUAACAAGCGCCCGAAAACGCCCAAUCCCUUAUCAUAAGUCAAAAAUCAAUUACAGUGGAUCAAUUUCAUCAGAUGGAAGUCGGAGCAGAUCACGUUAAUUUUUCUCUUUUAUUUUAACUACUCUAAUCAAUUUUUCAAGCAAUACGUUUUGAUAAACCUAUUUAUUAAAAAUUGUGUAAACUAUUCGCUUUUUGUUGAAUAUUUUUUUAUAUACCCAACUAAUCUAGUCACCAAUCUAGUGCACUAACUUGAAGUCACUCAAGCCCAUUUUAAUUUUUAAGGUUAGGUACUACCAAUCAGUUUUUGACUUUGAUCAUCGAACAAAUAUACUAAAUACUAAUAAAGUGCAUG